AUGGCUUUCUCCUCUCGAUGGCCCGGAGCUGUCAUUGUCCUCACUUGUUUUCUCCACCUGUCCAAUGAUGUUAAAGCACAGAACCAGACAGAGAAGUUGCCAAACUUUGGGGAUACCGUUCAGAUUUUUGACUUUCAAGAUGGCCUAGCACUAGAUCUGUUCUCUCCCAAAAAUCACACCCUCAUUGUCAAACAAAACACCUCACCCCUCGGCGCACAAUUCGUAACUGGCACCUCCGGAGAGCCUUUCGUCGCCCUAUCCAACUACUCGUACAUAAUUCAGAUGAACGAGACAGCUAAUGACCUCAUCGCCAAGAUCGAGGUCCCAUACGACCCGAGAAUGCUUAAUACCAUGGGAAUCCAAGAAGCUAACACCUACGUCGCGACCCUUGCACGUGACAAAAAGAGCUGGGUAGUCGAUGAUUCAACGCGGAAUGUCCACCGGAGCGAGAACAAUACGAGGAUUAUCAAAAUGACCUCUCUCGACGGGGAGUACUUGCUCGUGGGGAGAAAAACUGUUGACACAUCUAAUAUAUUCGUUCAGUACGGCCAAGGGGCUACUCGCACCGUGGAUGUAACAGGGGGAGCCGGCAUCCAGGAAGCGGAGUUCGUUGAUGGAUUGCGGUUCUCUAUACAGGCUGGCAAGGCCUUCACGAUGAAUGUAGACGUGAAGCAAGACAUCGAUCCUACGACCUUGCCAGCGAAUACGCAGUCUUUGAAUUCGUUUAUGUGGAUUGUAAAUACAAGUGACCCAAGCACGAAAGUGGCAGCGCAGAUGCUGGUACCGUUCAAUCGCAAUAUGCUAAUUGCUCUGCGGCCAGCAGGGUCGUCACCAUCAACAAUGUUGACUGUUGCAAAGCGAGCAGUGAAUGCGAGCAGUGGCCAGUUUACGCCUGUUAAUAAAGAUGCGCAAGUUGUCCGAGAGCUUCCCGAGGAUAGGAUACAACUUCCUGGCAUGAUGCAGCUAGAUGGACAAUACAUCAUCUUGGUCACUAAUCCUAAGGCCGUUGGUGGCAGCCCUAUGCAAACAUCAUCAUCAACACCAAGAGCCAGUGGGAGCAAACCCGCCACCGCAUCUCAGGCGAAGCAAACCUUAUAA